CUCUCCAUCGUCUGUGGUGCUUAGCCAAAUUAAAUUUCUUUAUUUAUCAUUUGCUUAAGAAUGGAAGGUGGCUCAGUUCCCGUGCCAACAAGAAAGUUAAUUUAGAGACGGAAUAUGCGACUUGUAAAACACUGAAUGCAGGAACCAGGAUGACAAACAAAUUACAUCUAUAGAUCAUGGAGCAUGUACAGUCAGUGAAAACUUUGUUGUGGGAAUAGAUUCUUGUCAUUGUACCUGGCUACAGUGAUGUGUAGGAGAAUAUGUCUGCAGAAAAAUCGUUACUGACAUUGGACUAUGUACACCUAAAAGGCAAGCAAUAUUCAAGAGAACAUGGAAAGCGAUUUCAUAAUCGUACGUUAGGUGAUGUUGAUAAACGACACCAGAUAGUUCCACCCAAGUCCAGCCAUAAAUUGUUUUCAACAAUGAUGUCGCUGGAAUUUGAAGAAGCGAGAGCGGUGAAUGAUAUGACGGCUCAGCAUAUUAUUCGCAAUCAACGCACACAAAUCAAGAAUACAUUUCAUAAUAAACUCAGAAGCUGUCAACUUGAUGAGUGGCGUAGCACUCCUUUCUCUCAAAAUAAAGUGAAGAAAAAGUCAUUGAAGUGCAACGAAAGACCAGCAACAGCCAGUCAACUGAACACAAUGAAUAUCGUCAUGGCGCCCUCUGUGUCGGUUAGACCAUUUUCAACAGGACCAAGAAUAAGAACAGUUGCUAAAAAGCCAGCAAAGAAAAAUAUGUAUGUGCGUGUUGAAAAUAAAAAUACUGGAGGGUUCAGAGACAUUGAUAUUCGCAAAGUAGCAAAGGAAUUACGUAACAGCUGGGUGGACGAGGAUAAACCUCAUGAUGUAAAGACACCACGAAAAAGGGUAAAGAGUCUAGAGCUACCACGAUAUGACAUGUUUUCAGGACAGUGGCUUAGCUUUGCUGGUGGUGGAUCAGAGGAAGGCGGAGUGCUAGAUGCUUUUCUUGGUACCGGCAAGGAUGUGGAUGAAUACUACAAUAUUGAAGGACAAGUUGGCAGUGUGGUUGUCAAUCAGGUUACCAAUGGCAACAAGGUACAGGUGUGCAUCAAUGGCAAACUGCAGUCAGAUGACAUGAAAGUCAAAAAGUGGAAAUCAGAAGAAAGUCAAGAUAAAUUUCCAACACGACAGUCUGAUUCGCCAAUCCCUAACAUCACCCCUGGUCUGGUGAAGUCACUGGAAGAUCGUUUACCUCUUAGUUGGGAAGACCAAAUCACUCGAUCUUCUGUUAAAAUUUUAGAACCAACAGUACUACAACCAGCUAAAGUGAAAAAGGACACAUCUGAAAGACAUCCUGUUGUUUUCCAAAAACUAGUAUCAGAUGAUAGACCUCGGGCUGGGCUUAUUAAACCAAACUCAUAUCGUGUGCGCUCGCGUACUAAAAACAAACGCACCUUCAAUGGAAUGGAAAGUCUAAAUAACCACAUCACCGUGGUUACUGUUGAUCAACAUGAUGAUGAUGCUGACUCUUUGACUUCAGAAGAUUAUCAUGAAAUUUUGCGGCAACGUAUAACAGCUGGACAAAAGCCCCAUGAGGAUAAAAAAGAAGAAUCCAAAGAACAUAAAUAUGAAACUAAAUGUGAACUAAAGAAGUCAAGUCAAAAUGUUCUGCGAAGUACAUCUUCAACAUCGUAUUACAGCCUCAGUAAGGAAAAUCUAGCCUCAUUGGCUGCACCAGGAGUGCCUAUGACCCCGUCAGGAUUCGCUGCAGCAUCAAGUUAUGUGAACCUCAUUGCCCAAGGAUCAAAUCCAAACCUACAGAGUCGUCCAGCAUCUAGCGUUGGCAGUAACAGAGUUCAGAGGUCCAGUAGUUCAAAAUGCAGUUAUUCACAUGAGGAAAGACAGAGUCAAAGUGCCACAACACAGCACCAACAGUUAGCUAAGCAAGGUCAUCUUCUACGCAGUGGUGUGUCAAGCAUCAGCAAUGGGAUGCAAGAUCGAGAAAAAGAAUUUGUGUCCAUUUCCCAACAGAUAAGACUGCCCUCAGGAGUGCCACUGAAAAAGCAAGAAAGCUCUCCAGAUUUCCAUUUGAAAUUGUCUUUACCAGAAAAACAUCCUGAUUAUUCUGAUGAUGAAUUGGAUGAAUCAAUUGGAAAACUUUCACAUGGUAACAGUAUGGAAAGCUUAGAUUCCAUGAUGGCAAAUGGAAAUGAUGACAUAUUAGAUCAUGAGCAUCACAGCUGCACAUGCACGCUAGAGGCCAAAAUGGCAGUGUCUGCUGCUUUGUCAGGGGCUCCACAUCAGCUGAUGCCUUCCACUAUAAUCAAUGUUAGUCUUCCAUCAGUCCAGAUGAGUACCAGUGACUCAUUGUCAGAUCUGGAACCUGGUGCACAAUUUCAUCAUGGUUCAAGCAAAUUUUCACAUGGGUGCAUCAUAGAGGAAUCGACGGAGGAGCUUAUUGAAGCCAAUAAUGCAAUAAAAAGUACAGAAACCAAAGAAUCAUUUGCUCUUUCAAACACCAAAGCAGAAGUUGAAUUAGAUGUAAAUAAAAAUGAAGUGGAUAUGAUUAUUAAUAAAGUCGAUGGGCUUUCUAUUACUCCAGACUCAUUUCAGACCAAACAAGAAACACAAACACUGGCAAAGAGGCCAAGAAGUGUCAAAUUUCAAGAUGAAGUGGUUGUCAACACUCCAAGUGUGCCAACAAAUUCCCCAAGAGCUAUCGAUCUGGAUGGAGUCUCAGACUUCAGCUUCCAAUAAGCUGGCAGUUUGUUGCCAGCAAAGAAAGGUUGUACAAAGAUUUUCUGCAAAGAUUCAUUGGAUUGAUUUCAGAUGUAAACUUGUAAUUGGCAAAUGCUAAGGAACUUCUCAAAUUUUAUUUUAAAUAGCAAAUUGGGUAAGAAAGAAAUCUUUACUGACAGGUGGUCGGUCAUUCUUUUGACAGAUGGUAGUAACCCUACCCAAUUCCACCACUAGUUGAUAGAUAUAUCACCUCAGAUGUCUGAAAAUAACAAUCCCAUGCCACUGUCUCUAGCAUAGAAAAUAAUUCUAUGGACCACAAUGGAUCUGAAUCCUGAAUGUCUGUCGCCAAAAUAACACAAUCUAACUAUAAGUAAUCAAAACCCCUUCCCCGUAACCAAAUGAACCUAAGCCGGUUAAACAUUAGUGUUUAAAUUUCUUAAAGAGACCAUGUUUUUGAACAAAUUAAACUUCCCCAUAUGCACUUUACAUUGAUUGAAUAAAUGUCUGUGAAUUAAAUAGAAUUCAAUUAAAUUAUUAAAAACCACUCCAUUAUUAUUUUAUUAUCUUCUUUAUUAUUUUCAUUAAUGUCACUUAUUACAUUUAUUUUGUUGGACGUUUUAUUAGAAUUAAGAGUAUUGAUUUCGGUUGACAAAAAGUAUACUGUAUUCUAUUCUUAAUGCAUAGGAAAUGACCACUGUCCCGCUACUGUUUUGUCUUUCAUCCGUUAUAUUGAUAGUGUCAUUGACACUCAUUACAUUUUAUAAGAAAUUUGAAUAUAUUUAUGAAAUAUGAGAACACUAUAAGCUUCCACAAAAUGACUAGAUGAUUUGAUGCAAUAAAGAUGUGUUGUAAUAGUUAGUCUGCAUUUAUAAAGACUGGUAGCUAUUUAUAGAAUUCAUCAGUUCCUGUAGUACGGUCUAUAGCACACCUUCCAACCCUACGUUGGCAGUUUCAAAGACUUCCUCUCACCAAUGCAUCUACGUUUUCCUUUUUUGAUAGAGUUCUUGAAUUGAAGUUGCAUUUUGGCUGAGCUACUUUUUGAAAAUUUACAUUUUUGUGAACAAAAAAUUCAGGGCCACGGUGCUAGUUCUUGAUUUGGUUAUAGUUAAACUUGCCUAGGUCGACUUUGCUUAAAUCAAAUAAUUUUUAAGUUGAUCUUAUUUUACAUACCAAAUUGUUGUGUUUUCACUUAAUUAACCAUCUAUAAGUGGAAUUUUAUCUAAGUAGAACAAUUUUUUUAAUGCCAUUUUGGAUUCGACUUUGGCAAGUUCAACUAUAUAGUAGGCCUACAAACCUACCAUACCAUGUUUAUACAUCAUGUUUGUGUUAUAAAUAAGCAAUUGCCAAAAGCUUUCUUAAUUAUUAUGAAAUACUUGUCUUUGUAUAUUAUGCUUUCAUUUUGUAGUAUUCAUUAUACAAUAUACAACUAUACCGUGUAAAUAUUAAUAUAAUUUCUGUUAUUUCAUGUUUUCUGUGUCAUAAUAUGCAGAAAAUCAUUGUGCUGUGUUAUUUUAACCGGUGGAUUAAAGGAAACAAUUGGAAGUUUUUUGUGAAAGUGUUUUUGCCUAAAAUAGAACCUACAGUAUGUUUUAUCAAACCUUGCCAAAGAUAUCUAUGUAAAACUAUGCAUUUCUUCAGCAGUUUUGAGUUUUGAAUUAAAAAAUGUUACAUUUGGAUA